AUGGAGUUCGAUGUCGUGGUCUGCAAUGAAUUGCCCAACACUGAGCUUUACCGGGUUCAUUUUCCGGUGAGAAAGCGGGAUGCUUUUAAUUCUGAAAGGCAGCCUCGUGUCCGCUACAAGAAAAAUGUCAGGAUGAUGGAAGUUCGAUUAGCUCCUGAUGUGUCAAGUGGGUCAUUCGACAAGGCAAAAGCUGAACGUUUUGCCACAAUGGCUGCUGCAAAUGUUAAAAGCGAAAAUGUCAUAGCCCAUUCUAAAUUUGAUGAAGUCUACGAAGGCCGAGCGUACGUGAAAGAUGACUUUGUUCUGUUCGCACUCGGUUAUUUUAGAGGAGAUACGUUUUACAUAAAUCCAGUAGCGGGAACCUUCGACAUGCAUCGCUCACUUGCUCAUCUCAACAAUGCUGGCAAAGGAGAUCAUGACGAUGAAGGAGAAAUGACUGGUGAGUCGGACACCGAGGCCGCUGGCACAAGUGCUAAACAGAUACGCGUGAAAUUCACAAGGCCAGAAACGGAACGGCAGAAGAAAAGGAGAGAAGCAAGUGCACUUCAUAGAGAGAAGUUAAUUGCCAGCGAUUCAUGGAUACCAAUGAAUGUCCACUUGAAAGAGGAUCCUGCACUUAUUGAAAAGUUCUCUCGAAUGACCACACUUCCGCCGGAGAAAUCUGAAUCCGCAGAAACUGUCACAACAAGAGAUCUCGUAGAACGCGGAAUCAUUUGUGGUGAAAGAGAGCAAAUUGAUCUCACUAGAAGCGAACUUCUGGUCACUCAUCAACGUAUUCGAGAAAUGCCUAUUGAUCAACAAGUGAAAGCCCAGCACGGGUCGUUGCAACGGCCUGAUAUAGCCAGACUAGUAGAUCCUUCUAUCAGCCGCGACGAGCUUUUCGAAUAUCUCCAACAGUGUGCCCAUCUAGUUCAAGGUGUCUGGGUUUUCCAAUCAGAAUUUUUGUAUCAUGAUCUCACUGCUGCCCAUGCUGUUACACCCGGAAAGUUGGACGAACAUCGCGCUGAUAUGUGGCGAUGUGCUCGAGAUCUCGCACUAUGUCUCCUCGACGCAGGACAGAAAGAUACGUUUUACAUAAAUCCAGUAGCGGGAACCUUCGACAUGCAUCGCUCACUUGCUCAUCUCAACAAUGCUGGCAAAGGAGAUCAUGACGAUGAAGGAGAAAUGACUGGUGAGUCGGACACCGAGGCCGCUGGCACAAGUGCUAAACAGAUACGCGUGAAAUUCACAAGGCCAGAAACGGAACGGCAGAAGAAAAGGAGAGAAGCAAGUGCACUUCAUAGAGAGAAGUUAAUUGCCAGCGAUUCAUGGAUACCAAUGAAUGUCCACUUGAAAGAGGAUCCUGCACUUAUUGAAAAGUUCUCUCGAAUGACCACACUUCCGCCGGAGAAAUCUGAAUCCGCAGAAACUGUCACAACAAGAGAUCUCGUAGAACGCGGAAUCAUUUGUGGUGAAAGAGAGCAAAUUGAUCUCACUAGAAGCGAACUUCUGGUCACUCAUCAACGUAUUCGAGAAAUGCCUAUUGAUCAACAAGUGAAAGCCCAGGUUUUCAAAUCACGGGUCGUUGCAACGGCUGAUAUAGCCAGACUAGUAGAUCCUUCUAUCAGCCGCGACGAGCUUUUCGAAUAUCUCCAACAGUGUGCCCAUCUAGUUCAAGGUGUCUGGGUUUUCCAAUCAGAAUUUUUGUAUCAUGAUCUCACUGCUGCCCAUGCUGUUACACCCGGAAAGUUGGACGAACAUCGCGCUGAUAUGUGGCGAUGUGCUCGAGAUCUCGCACUAUGUCUCCUCGACGCAGGACAGAAGGUUACACGUUCUUUACUCACAAGAUGUUUCCAAAUAAAUUCGAAGGACGCUGAAGACAUUUUGUCGUCGUUUGCUGUACCUGGAAAUAGAUCUUGGAAAUUACGAAUCACACCUGAUCCAGUUUUCCUAGAAAGUCCGGAGAAUGCCAAAAUAGUGUUAAAGGAGCGUCGCUACUGGACCGAGAGGUUCGCUGAACUUCAAAGUCGCAUAGAUACGACAUUAUCGUUGCACGCUCCUCCUUCCCGAGCUCGCAAGAACAGCAGUCGUGGUAGUCCUACAAAAAGUCCUACCCGAAUCCGGCGGAACAGCACUCGAUCAAGUCCCACCAAGCACCAAUAG